AUGACUGAUCAAUUUGGUCCCAUUACUCUAAAAUGGGAUCCCAAAAAUCUGGAGAUACGAACUAUGUCUGUGGAAAAAACAUUAGAACCAUUAGUCUUACAAGUGACUACUUUAGUUAACACUAAAGGAACUUCACGUAAGAAGAAAGGACGUUCAAAAAGAGCUCAUGUUCUAGUUGCUGCUGUUGAAAAAGCUACAGAGAAUUUUAUUGAAGUUGGAGAACAAAUCGCUUUUGAAAAUCCCGAUAUAAAACAAGAAAUGUUAGCUGCAGUUGAAGAAGUUCGAAAAACUGGUGAUGCUAUGAGUAUUGCUGCAAGAGAGUUUGCUGAAGAUCCUUGUGCUUCAGCGAAACGUAGCAAUAUGGUAAGAGCGGCAAGAAAUCUAUUGUCAGCCGUAACACGCCUACUUAUACUUGCAGAUAUGGUUGAUGUGCAUUUACUAUUGAAGUCUUUAAGAGUUGUUGAAGACGAUUUGGAAAAAGUUAAGAAUGCUUCGAGUCAAGCUGAACUUCUUGACAAUAUUAAAGUUUUUGGUCGUAGUGCUAGUGAACUUAUGAGUCAAGCUGCAAAACGUCAACAAGAAUUAAAGGAUCCUCAAUUACGCGAUGAUCUAGCUGCUGCUCGUGCUAUUUUAAAAAAACAUUCCACAAUGCUGUUAACUGCUUCCAAAGUUUAUGUAAGACACCCAGAACUAGCUGCAGCUAAAGCUAAUCGUGAUUUUGUAUUGAAGCAAGUGUGUGAAGCUGUAAACACUAUUAGUGAUGUUGCCCAAGGUCGAUCUGCAGCAAUGAAUGAUAAUGGAAAUCAAAUUUAUGAUGGCCCUGGUGAAUUGGCUGCUGCACUUGAUGAUUUUGAUGAAAGAAUGGUUAUGGAUCCUCUUGUUUAUAAUGAAGUUCGUACUCGUCCUUCUUUAGAAGAACGACUUGAAAGUAUUAUUAGUGGAGCUGCAUUAAUGGCUGAUUCUUCAUGUACCCGUGAUGAACGUAGAGAAAGAAUUGUUGCUGAGUGUAAUGCUGUGCGCCAAGCAUUGCAGGAUUUGCUGUCUGAAUAUAUGUCAAAUCAAUUGCAACUCCAAAGGGUCGGAAAAAGGAUGAGUGUAAAAGAAACUAGUGAAGGAUUGGAACGUGCUAUUGAUCAUAUGUGUCGAAAAACUAGAGAUUUGAGACGACAAUUACGUAAAGCUGUUGUAGAUCAUGUGUCUGAUAGCUUUCUAGAAACAAGUGUUCCAUUACUUGUUUUGAUUGAAGCAGCACAUUCAGGUGAUGAAAAAGAAGUUGAAGAAUGUGCUCUUGUAUUCACUGAACAUGCAAACAAACUUGUUGAAGUUGCUAAUCUUGCGUGUAGCAUGUCAAACAAUGAAGAUGGUGUAAAAAUGGUACGGACUGCUGCUGCACAAAUUGAGAAUUUAUGUCCUCAAGUUAUAAAUGCAGCUAGAGUACUUGCUGUUCGACCCCGCUCUAAAUUGGCACUUGACAAUAUGGAUGUUUUCAGAGAUGCGUGGCAAGCGCAAGUAAGAUUACUGACUGAAGCUGUUGAUGAUAUAACGACAAUUGAUGACUUUUUAGCUGUUUCGGAAAGUCAUAUUUUGGAAGAUGUUAACAAAUGUGUUCUCGCACUACAAGAAGGAUCAGCUGAUCCAUUGGAUAGAACUGCUGGUGCAAUCAGAGGCCGUUCAGCUAGAGUUUGUAAUGUAGUAGCUGCUGAAAUGGAUAAUUAUGAACCGGGAAUAUAUACUGAGCGUGUGUUAGAAGCGAUUAAAGUAUUACGUGAUCAAGUUAUGCCUAACUUUGCUCAACGUGUUGAGUUGGCGGUUGAUGCCUUAUCGACCAACCCUCCUAAAGAAGUAGAUGAAAAUGAUUUUAUUGAUGCAUCUAGACUUGUUUACGAUGGUGUAAGAGAAAUACGUCGAGCUGUCCUCAUGAAUAGGACUGAUGAAGAAUUAGACCCUGAAGAUAUUGAGUUUGAUGAACAUUAUACAAUUGAUACACGGAGUAGAUCAAGUGCUCAUACUGGAGAACCUUUGGAUGAGUACCCAGAUAUUAGUGGAAUUACAACAGCACGUGAAGCUAUGAGGAAAAUGACAGAAGAAGAUAAACAAAAAAUUGCUCAACAAGUUGAAUUCUUUAGGAGCGAAAAGCUUAAGUUUGACCGUGAGGUAGCUAAAUGGGAUGAUACAGGAAAUGAUAUUAUUGUUCUUGCCAAACACAUGUGUAUGAUCAUGAUGGAAAUGACCGAUUUCACCCGUGGCCGUGGACCAUUGAAAACUACUAUGGAUGUUAUAAAUGCUGCUAAGAAAAUUUCAGAAGCUGGAACAAAAUUAGAUAAGCUUACUAGACAAAUUGCUGACCAAUGUCCAGAAUCGUCAACCAAAAAAGAUUUGUUAGCUUAUUUACAACGCAUUGCUUUGUAUUGUCAUCAGCUGAACAUCACUUCUAAAGUUAAAGCUGAUGUGCAAAAUAUAAGUGGCGAACUAAUUGUUUCUGGGUUGGACAGUGCCACAUCUCUAAUUCAAGCUGCAAAAAAUUUAAUGAAUGCUGUUGUAUUAACUGUGAAGUCUUCAUAUGUGGCCAGUACAAAAUACCCUAGACAAGGAGCAGAUCUCCAAAAACUUGUUGUUUGGAAAAUGAAAGCCCCUGAAAAGAAACCACUUGUAAGACCAGAAAAACCUGAAGAAGUUAGAGCUAAAGUGCGAAAAGGUUCUCAAAAGAAAGUACAAAAUCCAAUAAAGGCUUUAAGCGAAUUCCAAAGUGCUACAGAAUCUGUUUAA